UUGGUUGAAUGUGCAUCGCACUAUUAAUUUUUUGCAACCAACCGCCAAACUUACAACGGUCAGUUUGUUUUUCGAUUUGUUGGAUAUUUUCGAAAUCACAAAACAACGAUGGAUGAUUCGUUGAAUUUCACUGCAUCAGAUUCUUUGGUAUUUAAUUUGAUGAAAAAGAUGCAGAAAAGUCAAAAAAUUCUGGAAGAAUUUUCCGAAGAAUUGAAAUCAGACAAUUCGGAAAUUAUGGACGUUGAUGACGAAAAUGGUGAUGAGCCUCAUUCAUCAACAAUGAUCAGCCAAGCCAAAUCUGCUGAACCCGAUGACGAUGACGACAUCGAUGAAGAAUUGUUGUCAGCGGCCAACUGUUCAAAUAUCGAGAUCGAUAAGGUUCGAAAGUCAAUCAAUCGAUUAUUGAAUGUUCAUGUGCCAUUGGAUUUGAAUCAAUGUGUCAAGGAUGAUGAUGAACAUGAUGACCAUGAACAUGAUGGGGAUGAUGAUGAGGAUGUGGAUGGCAUGCAUAAAAAAGAUGAUCGUCUUCGUCGUCGCCUGGAUAAAUUAUCAGCCAUCUAUAAAGAUGAUGAAGAUGAAGAUGUCGAAAAUAAUGAUGAAAAUGAUCGGAUUGUUAAUCGGCCAAAAUCGAUAAUGCGUGAACAGCAGAAUUUUGCAACAAACGAAUUUCAACCGCCGAAAAAAAUUGAACUUCGGGAUCGAUUGAAAUCGAUUGCCGAUUCAUAUUAUCCAGUCGCUAAUAAAGAAGAAUCGCCAAAACGGUUUCAGACGAAAAUUUCAUCGCCGAAAUCUCAACCACAAUUAACCAAACAGCAACCACCGCCAAAAGCAAAAAAUGAAAAUCUGUUCAAAUCGAAAAGUGUCGAGUAUGUAGAGCCGAAAAAAUCCUUGAUUGAAAUUGAUCAUCCCAAACCAGCCACAACUAUUGAAAAAACGAAAACAAGUGUAGCCGAUUUGAAACGGUUGUUCGAAAAGAAAAUGAGUGAAAAUCAAGAACGACCGGAAUUGGCACCCGAGUUAUUGCCGGUAAGAGAGAAAAAACGUCUGUUCGAAAAGGCAAUCCGACAGGAAAAUGAAGCCAAAGCCAAACAAUAUAAAUGUAAAGUAGGACGAUUGCCUGCUACAUGGUUGCAGCAACAACAACCACCAUCACCACCAACAUCAUUAAUUCCUGAACCGCCGGGAGAUGAUUAUUAUCAUAGUCCCAAACGAUUGAAAGAACAUCAACAAGAUGAUAUUGCCGAUGCUGAUCUCAAACUAUUAAGGGAACAGUUGGACAGAGAUGAUGAUGAUAAGGAUGACGAAGAAGAAUCUCCUUCGUUUGAUAAAUCAUUGGAAAUGGUUCAAGCUGCGGUAUCGGAAACAUUCAAGUCUAUCGAUGAAAUUCCUAUCAAUGAUGAUGAUGGCAGCAAUGAUGAAGAAAUCGAAAAUGAAAUUGAUGAUGUCAUGGAAUUAACGUUCACAGCUAUCGACCGUGAAGAUAAUGAACAACUUUCCACAUCGAAUGACGAUUCGGAUGAUUCGAAUAAUCUGAUACACCGAUCGUCAACACGAGUUGAUCUUUUCCCUGGUCAGUCAGAUGAUGACAAUCAAUCAGAAGCCUCUUCAUAUUUACCGCCGGAAAAACCACAACGAUUAUUUCUCUAUGAAAACGAAGAUGAUGACAAUCGAAGACAACCUGAAUCGGAAAAGAUUGAAGAACGAAACACCGAAAUUGAGCCACCGCUCAGAACUAUUAGUUUUUAUCGUGAACAGCAACGAAAAUUGCGUGAAGAACAGCAAAUGACCAAACGAAUCGAAGUGGAUCAGCAAAUGGAUUCAAAUAAACAAAUGAGACACAAUAUGGAUGAGGCAGAACAUGCCGAUCGUGAACAAUUUCGUUUGGAUUGUCAAUCGAAAAUGAUUGAUUUGAAAAAUGAAAUCACCGAUCAUAACCGAGUGUUGUCACAAUCAAACACGGCUUUGAAUCUGUCAUUAUCAAUGCCCGAAUUGCGCAAUUCGGAUAGUCGUGUCGAAGCCGAACGAUUAUUGUUGAUUUCGAAUGAAAAAAUUGACGCUUGUCGUUGGGAAAUACGCCGUUUACAAUCGAUGAUUUCCAAUACUGAUCACUAUUUACAACGAACAAUGGAACAGCAGAAUAUCAGCACCGGUACCUUGUUCAUCGAUCACAUCAAACUGCCGUUGUUGAAUGAAUUCAUACAGGAACGUGCCAAAGGCAAAUUGAAUAGUGUUUUUCAUUUCAUUUGUCUGGUUAUUUUCGGUCCGAAAGUUUAUGUAUCGAAAUUGUUGGAUACGGGUUCGAAUCCUUCCAAAUCUUAUUUAGAUUUCGAUAUGGGUCUGGCCAUCGGUCCACUAUCCGAAGAUUUCAAAGUAACCAUCAAAGUUUUUGCCUUGGAAUUAUCUUUGAAAGAAGGCGGUGCUGCUGGUCAUAAAUAUCGAUUCGCAAAUUCCCCAUUCAAAACUAUUCGACGAAAAUUGAUGCACUCGGCAAGUUCGGCGUCCUCUUCGCCAGCCAAAAAUUCACCACUCGUUCAAUUACGGACCACAAAACAGCAGCCGGCGGAAACGGUUCCAGCCGGAAAUUUUCGAUUGAUCGGUUAUGUGAAACUAACAUUGCAGAAUGUGAAAGCCAAUGCAAACAAAUUCUAUCGAUUGGACUCGGAUUGUUUUUUGCCCGUCAUCGAUAGUUAUCUCACAAUGAAUGUAAGCAUCAAAGUAUCACAUGGCAAUCAUUUUCCCGGAUUUUUCGAUAUGAAGGAAAAAGAUGAAUCAUUCUGGAAUGUGCGAUAUUUCCGCAUACAAGGUGAACAGCUUCGUUAUUACCGUUUUGGUGAAGAGAAAAAUAUCGAUCAACCAUUGGGUGUGAUCAAUCUGAAACAUUGCAUCAAUCCUAAGGUGGAGUUUCUCAAAAUCCAACAUCGCCAUCUGUGCCGACGUUCCAAUUCCUUCGUACUGGUUAUGGUUGAUCCACCAGCCAUUUCCAAUGCAAGGAAAUUGAUCACCGGUGGCGGUGCGCUUUCUCGGAUCGAACCUAAACUAUAUUUCAUAUCAUCCCAAUCGGAAUCGGAUUGUCUAAAAUUCUGUUCAUUAUUGGAAAAAAUAUUGCACAGUAUUCGUGUCUGGGAAAGGGAUGCCGUACAACCAUAUAAUUGCGAAGAAUUUGAUCAACUUUUAUCCAAUGUACAAUGAACACUUUUAUAGAUUUUGUAACUUUUCCAAAAAUAUUUGAUUCGGUUUUUUAUUUUUAUAUUUUUUAAAUGAAAAAAUUACCUAUCUACAUGCAAACAGUAUA